CAGGUUAACUCCGUUGAGCAGCCAUGUGUUUCUAGAAAGCUCUUCUCUUCUACCAGCCACUUCAGAGGGUUUAAUCCGUAUGUUUACAUAUUGAAAGUCCUGCAGACGCAGUGGUAACCCGUUGGCACACCGCCCAAAAACAACGGAGGAAAAUGAACUUGUAGAGUAAAAGCAUGAUUAUCGUUAAAAAGUGGGCAGAGCAGAGGACAUCACCGCCCACUUGCUGAUGAUAGCGGGUCAUGCGGCCUUCACUGUUUUGAUUCACAGCUCGGACAGGCGGGGCAGAGAUGGCGUAGGACUGGAAGUCCGUGUGAUUACCUAAAGCCACCCUACUACUACUGCGGGGACAUCUGUUGUACGAAGGAAGAUAUUGGGAGUAAUCGGGAAAAGCUGGCGGCUUUUUACGGGACUCGAUUCCUUCCGGAUGACAUGGAGAUAUCGGCGGAGGGAGAGGCGGAGGAGCGCCGGAAAGAGCACUGGAAGCUACUGUCCAGCCUGAAGACCACGGUGGAGGGUCUCGUGUCCACCAACAAUCCCAACGUGUGGUCCCGUUAUGGCGGCUUGCAGCGGCUUCACAAGGACAUGAACAACAUCCUGAGCCAUGGGCUGAAGAAUGAGCAGGUGUACUACAAGCAGAGAGACUACUGGCCGUUUGUGUGGUGUGUUCGCUACAUCAGCCCUCACCUCGCCUCGCACGUUGAACAGUUCAGUCACCUGGAGCCGGUGCUGAGUAGCGGCAUGCAGAGUGCUGGUGAGAGCUACAAGGCUGAGCGCUGGCUCCUUCACAGCUUACAGGUUCACUUGCUGUCGGCUCAGCUGCGACCUCUGCUCCGGCAUCUGGGGCAUACACGAAAGUACUUUAAUGAUGAUGCCUUUCUGCUGAGCGAGCCCCAUGUGACCGCCAUGUUCCAGUGUCUGGAAGCCGUGGAGCAGAAUAACCCCAAACUGCUGGCCCAAGUAGACACUUUCGGGCUGUCCCCUCUGAAGGGCCCACCAUGUCUGGGCCUGUUGAAGAGCCAGAGCCUGUGUGUGUUGCCUGGGGCCGGUGGUGUUUGGAUGAAGGCUGACUCGGCUCCCAGAGGAGAAUCUCUGAAUCGCAGACUCACCACCUCCAACUGCUCCCUCAGAGAAGCAGUCGCCACCAGCCACAACUCUGGGAACACUACGGGAGUCAGAUCCCAAAACAGCAACAGCACAAACACUACCUCUCCAGCCAGCAGCCUGGGAGCUCCCUGGGUGUGCGUGUCCAGGCGGGGGCAGAGUGAGCGUGGUGUGACGCCCCCUCUUGGCCCCGCCUCGGCCCCUUGUAUCUCGCUCACAGAGGCCCCCUCGUCCACCUCCCUCCAGCCUGAGGCCGGGGACUCUGGUGAGGGCGACUAUGACGACGGUCCGGAGUACCUAGCCAUUGGUAACCUGGGGCAGCGCAGCAGCCGCUGUGACUCCCAAAGCUCCACCCACAGCAGCGAGCAGGGCGUCACCCAGGGCCAGUCCCUGCAACGGAGUGCCCUAGUUCCGCCCCCACCCAGGCGCUCGUCGUUCUCAGAGGGCCAGAGGGGGCUGGGCCGGGCGCCCAGAGGACACACCCGCUCGUUUUCUGACACGGGGGUCAAUCAGCAACUCAGGAAGGGAGGGGGCCCCCGAAAAAUCACCAUAAUAAUAGAAGAUCCGGUAGCAGAAUCAGCAGAGGACGACUGCUGUGUAAAGAGCUACAGCCCGUUCUCACCUCAGUGCAAAGAUGUCGGCUCGCCCGGUUCCCUCUACAUGGAGUCUCACGGGACCCAGCACAACAGUGUUCCCGAUGGGAUGUUCAGGCAGCCGUCGGAGGGUCAGAGCCUCAUCAGCUACCUGUCGGAGCAGGACUUUGGCAGCUGUGCUGAUCUUGAGAAGGAAAAUGCUCAUUUCAGCAUUUCCGAGUCCCUUAUUGCCGCCAUCGAGCUGAUGAAGUACAACCUGCGGCGUCAGGAGGAGGGCGAGGAGGAGGGAGACAGCGACUGUGAGAUUCAGCAGCUCAAACAGAAGAUCCGCCUGCGCAGGCAGCUGAUCCGACGCAGCCGCGUGCCGCCCUGCGCAAACGCCCAGCACAUUUUGCACUCCACUGACAGCGGGGGCUCCAGGAGGAGCUCUCAGGACUCCUACCAGGGCCUUUCUGACUCCGGCUCAGCUGAGGAGGUGGAGGAGUGCGAACUACGAGAUGGCUGUGAGGGUCAGUCCCUGCUGGCGGUGUCUCAGAACGGCCUCUCCCUGUCACUCGCCUCCCUAUUCUCAGAUGCAGACAUUAAGCGCAGCGUAAGCUCCAGCAGCAGGUCUUUCCUCAGCUCAGAAUCUAUCUCUCCGUCCUUCCUCCAGUCUAACUCGGCUGAGUCGGUAGCCAUGGGUUUACUCAGGCAAUUUGAGGGCAUGCAGCUUCCUGCGGCCUCUGAGCUCGACUGGCUGGUCCCAGAACACGACGCUCCACAGAAGCUGCUGCCCAUCCCCGACUCUCUGCCGAUCUCGCCCGAUGAUGGUGAACACGCAGACAUCUACAAGCUGAGGAUUCGGGUUCGAGGUAACCUGGAGUGGGCGCCGCCCCGACCGCAGAUCAUCUUCAACAUUCACUCCGCCCCCAAGAGGAAGAUAGUUGUGGCUAAACAGAACUACCGCUGCGCUGGCUGUGGGACCCGUAUCGACCCAGAUUACAUCAAGCGACUGCGUUACUGUGAAUACCUCGGCCGUUACUUCUGCCAGUGCUGCCAUGAGAACGCCCAGGCGGUGGUUCCCGGGCGAGUGCUGAGGAAGUGGGACUUCAGCAAGUACUAUGUCAGCAACUUUGCCCGGGACCUGCUGAGCAAGAUCGCCGGAGACCCGCUAUUCAACCCCAAUGACAUCAACAGUGGCCUGUACAAGAAGGUCAAAGCUCUGGAGGCAGUCAGGGUUUUGAGAGUGCAGCUGUUUCACAUGAAAAAUCUCUUCAAGACCUGUCGCUUUGCUAAAGAGGUGCUGGACCAGUUCGACAGCCUGCCAGGUCACCUGACCGAUGACCUUCAUCUCUUCUCCCUCAGUGACCUCGCCGCUGUGCGUAACGGGGACCUGGCUCCCCGAAUGAAAGAGCUGCUUAAACUUGGUACCAUGCACGUAGCUGGCUGUGUGCUGUGUCAGGCAAAGGGCUUCGUGUGCGAGUUCUGCAGCAACGACAAAGACAUCAUCUUCCCCUUCCAGCUGAACAAGUGCCAGCGCUGCGAAGAGUGCCAUGCGUGUUACCACAGCAGCUGCUUCCGAACGGGCAAAGGCUGUCCUCGAUGUCGGCGGCUGGCAGAGCGGAGAGAGAGGAUGGCUCGCAAAAACAUGGAGGAGCAAGAGGACGAGGGAGGCGGGCCCUAGUGCCGGUAACGGAAAGACACUCUGAGACUGAAGAAAAGCACAAUGCGACCAUGAUUGUAGUGACUGACCACCUCUCGUUGUGUUCCAGUCCUCUCACACCUGGGGGACAAUACUGCAAAGCAAUGUUUUCAUCUCAAGAGAUGCAGGUUUUACAUCAGUGCAUCAGUUGUGUGGCUACUGUUGAUGUUCAGAUACAUUUAGUGUAAGCUGGUCUCCUUUCACACAUGCACUUUACUCUGUGAGUAGUGGUAGUUUUGUCUGUCGGCGUAAUUUAAGAAUAGGAGUCGAUUUUUUUCCAUGAAAAUGUUGUGACUUAAAGAGAAAUUGCUCAGGCGUUGCAAUUUAUAACCGAGAUUUCUUUAAAAAUACUCAACAUUUUUUCUUUAACUUGAGAUUGGCUCAUGCUUAAUAUUUCAUUUAAAAAAAAAAAAAAUUGUAUUUAAACACAUUUUGUUGCACAUAAGAAGUAAAAGUAUCGGAAAAAGACACGACCCUUCUGACUUACAGGAGUAUUUUAUGCUGGCCAGUUCCACCUACAUGUGUGAAGAGGACCCGAUAUUCACGUUUUGGCACUUCUUUUCCAUUGUGGUAAAUCUACUAUAUUUGGGAUUUAACUAGAUCAUAAAAACAAGUAUUUGCUCCAUUGUACCCAGGUUUAAUAUUCCUCCUUCCUUCAAUUGCAGCUUUUGGCAACGGCUUCAGUUUUGGGUAUUUUAUUGGCUACUGGCUUAGCUGAAGUUUGUUUGUGUGGCCUGAAAUGGCAGGAUCUAUUAUUUAAAAAAAAAAAAAAUAACAAAUAGCAAGUAAAAAGUUUAAAUAUCUUUUAUGUUUUGACUGAUUCUUUUCAGUGCAGAUACUGUAUUUGAGCAAUCCUGCCCCUUUUUUUUUAUAGAUUUUAUUUGAAGAUAUUGAAGGUGUUAACCCUUUCUUUCCCCCGCUCCUACUGUCCCGUCUUUAGCCGCGCUUAUGUGCCUCUGGGACCAAUGAACUAAGACUGGCAGAGCUAGUGGAGUUACAUUGGAAAGCUGAGUUUAUAGAAGGACUGGACUUCUGAGUUUCAGUCAGUGUUGCAAAUAUAUGAAACUGUAAAAGCUCCAUUUUUGUGCUGCUUGAGUGAGUGAGUUUAUUAGAAAAAGGUGUGUGUGUGUGUGUGUGUGUGUGUGUGUGUGUGUGUGUGUGUGUGUGUGUGUGUGUGUGCGCGCGCACAUGUAGUCAUGCACUAAAGGUUUGCACCAGCCUAAUCAGCACUUGUUUCUAACGUCGCAGAUUUUGGAAUAAUAGAGUCGAGUUAAUUGCACUGAUCCGUCUGUUGUUGUUGUUGUUGUUGUUGUUGUUGUUGUUGGGGAGGCAGGUUGGGACAUCACUCUUUAGGUGAUGUUCGUUUUAAGAACAUGAACCUUGAAUGCAGUACAUUAUGAAGGGGUUCAGGCCAAAAUAACAAAGCCACAAUUUAAUGAAUAAGUCGUACUCUUAACUUGCUGCAACAUAAUUAUCUAAAUGCAUUAUUCACCUCUUGGACUGAAAUGCUUCAUAUUUAAUUGGGCCUUUUGUCCAACAGAUCUUAGUCUAGCACAGUGCUUCCCAACCUAAUUGGCCCUUAAAAGAAUAUGUUUAAGUUUUGUAAACUAUGUCAGGCAAAUGAGUAACUGGGGCCAGCAGCUGGUUAGCUUAGCUUAACUUAGUUUAAAGACUUGAAACGGGGGGAACCAGCUCAAGCCUUGGUUAUAUAAAAAAACAUGCCUGUCAGCACUUCUAAAGCUCACUAAUUGAACCAAACCGCAUGUUUUCUUUCUCAGAUUGUUUUAUUUGAGUGAUAUCUAGAGGCCCCAAAGGAUAAAAGUAUUUCACAGGUACAAAGAAAUUGUGGAAAAGUGUGAAAAAGAGCUUUACUAAACAAAUGUUUUGAUUUUGAUUUUUUUUGUUAUUUCCUGCACUUUAAAUCAUCCGGUGACCCCUCAGACACAUUUGGGACCCCAAUUGUAUGUGUACCAACCUCCUUAAAGGAUGAGUCUCCAGAGUACAUACCGUCCUUUGUGUGAACAAUCCGUCACGAGGUCAACUCAUGAGAACUUAAGGCAAUAUGUGUGAUAUUCAUGUCCCUAAGCCCGCACAGCCGAGCAUUGAAGAGAUGAACUGCAGCCGUGUCUUCAGGCUGCUUUUCAGAGGAAACACUGAGCUCUUUAAUGAUGUGACCGCUCGACUCCACUGACGAGACUCCUUAACUCAGCAGACUGCCUUUAAAGUGGAGAGGUUCAAAGUGCACUACAGAUUAAAGUGUCUGUUAUAAAGAAUGUUAAUUAUUGUUAAUAUAAUUAUUUGUGUUGAUUUGUCUUUGUUCUGUAAUUGACAAUAAAAGACUGGCCAGACUGUU